UGCGCGCGGGCGCGGCCAUGUCGGCGGACCCCCAGCUCCUUGCGGCGGCUGUGGAGGCCGCGAUCGCCUCGCGCUCCCCACGGCUCGGCCGUGCCGCGCACGCGCGCGCGCUCAGGCUGCUAUCGCCGGGCAUCCCGCCCUUCAUCUGCGCGCACCUUGUCAACCUCUAUUCCAAGCUCGACCUCCCCGCGGCCGCCGCCUCCGCCCUCGCCUCCGACCCCAGCCCCACCGUCGUGUCAUUCACGGCCUUCAUCUCCGGCGCCGCGCAGCACGCGCGCCCGCUCCCCGCCCUCUCCGCCUUCGCCGCCAUGCUCCGCCUCGGCCUCCGCCCCAACGACUUCACCUUCCCCUCCGCGUUCAAGGCCGCCGCCUCCGCGCCCCCUCGCUCCGCCGCCGGCCCGCAGAUACACGCGCUCGCCAUUAGGUUCGGCUACCUCCCCGCCGACGCCUUCGUCUCGUGCGCCGCGCUGGACAUGUACUUCAAGACCGGCCGCCUCGGCCUGGCCCGCCGCCUGUUCGAGGAAAUGCCUAACAGAAACGUGGUGGCGUGGAACGCGGUGAUGACCAACGCCGUGCUCGCCGGCCGGCCCCUCGAGACGGUCCAAGCUUACUUUGGGCUCCGGGAGGCUGGUGGGAUGCCGAAUGUCGUCUCGGUCUGUGCGUUCUUCAACGCGUGCGCCGGGGCGAUGCUCCUGUUGCCUGGGGCCCAAUUCCAUGGGUUCGUGGUGAAGUGCGGUUUUGACAUGGAUGUCUCGGUGUCGAAUGCGAUGCUUGAUUUCUAUGGGAAGUGCCGAUGCGCGGAGAAGGCAAAGAUGGUGUUUGAUGCGAUGAGAGUCAGGAACAGUGUAUCAUGGUGUUCCAUGGUUGUUGCAUAUGCACAGAACGGGGCAGAGGAGGAUGCUUUUGCUGUGUACCUGGGUGCGAGGAGGGCGGGGGAAGAGCCGACUGACUUCAUGGUCUCCAGCGUGCUCACUACAUGCGCAGGCCUGCUAGGCCUUGACCUUGGGCGUGCUCUGCAUGCAGUUGCUGUUCGCUCUUGCAUCGAUGCAAACAUCUUUGUUGCAAGUGCAUUGGUUGACAUGUAUGGCAAGUGCGGGGGUGUUGAAGAUGCUCACCAUGUCUUUGUCGAUAUGCCACAGCGGAAUCUUGUCACAUGGAAUGCGAUGAUUGGAGGGCAUGCUAACAUCGGUGAUGCUAUAAACGCACUUGCAGUGUUCAGUGAUAUGAUAGCGAGUGGAGAGACAGCACCUAACUACAUCACACUUGUAAAUGUGAUCACAGCCUGCAGUAGAGGAGGUUUGACCAAGGAAGGCUAUGAGCUGUUUGAGACAAUGAGGGAGAGGUUUGGGAUAGAACCACGGACUGAGCACUAUGCUUGCGUGGUUGACUUGCUUGGGCGUGCAGGAAUGGAAGAGCGAGCUUAUGAGAUUAUACAGAGGAUGCCAAUGAGACCUUCCAUUUCUCUCUGGGGAGCACUACUUGGGGCAUGCAAGAUGCAUGGGAAGACAGAGCUGGGAAGGAUUGCAGCUGAGAAGUUGUUUGAACUUGACCCUCAGGACUCUGGCAAUCACGUGCUGCUCUCAAACAUGCUUGCAUCAGCUGGCAGGUGGGCAGAAGCAACUUAUGUGAGGAAGGAGAUGAAAGAUGUCGGAAUCAAGAAAGACCCAGGGUGUAGCUGGAUCACUUGGAAAAAUGGUGUGCAUGUUUUCCAUGCCAAGGACACCAAACAUGAGAUGAAUAGCGAGAUCCGGGCAUUACUGGCCAAGCUUAAAAAACAAAUGCAAGCUUCUGGGUACAUGCCAGACACACAAUAUUCACUUUAUGAUCUUGAGGAAGAAGAGAAAGAAUCAGAGGUGUUUCAACAUAGUGAGAAGCUUGCCCUGGCCUAUGGACUCAUUCACAUUCCGCCUGGUGUACCUAUAAGGAUCACAAAGAACUUGAGAAUAUGUGUGGAUUGUCACCGAGCUUUCAAGUUUAUAUCUGGUAUUGUUGAUAGGGAGAUAAUUGUGAGGGACAAUAAUAGGUUUCAUCACUUCAAACAAUAUGAAUGUUCAUGCAAGGAUUACUGGUGAAAACUCUGUCCAUGUGAUACAGAAAAGCAGGAAGAAACAGCGGAGAAGAUCAAGAGCUGGGUGAGGAUGGCCAAGAACAACCUCAUCGGCUCCAUCAUCUCUGCCGACACCGACCUCGACCUCGUGCUUGUCCAUGCAGUCUACUUCAAGGCCAAGUGGUGUGGUGCAGUAUGUUCGAGACACAUUGGAUGAGGUUGGGCACGUUCGCUGGCUGGAUGCCGCCGCGUUUGAUGCACAGGUCAUGUGGAAGCUCAUGUAUGACGCGCACCCAUGAACGGGUUCAAGGUGCUGCGGCCGGCGAGGCUUCAUCUGACGCGGACAACACACAUCACACCCAAGACGGCAGCCGCCAACUGUUGGGCUGCCCAAAUUCAAGGUAAACUUGAAAUGGGACCUCCAUCUGCUUGGGCUCACGCUACCGUUCUUGCCAGAGUCAGACGACCUGCCGAGCAUGUGCCAAUGUGCAAGGACCACGACAGGCAGCCGACAUUCCUGAGAAAGAGGGUGCACCAAGCAGUCGUCAAUGUGGACGAAGAAGGAACUGAGGCGGCCACGAUCAUAUUUGGAUCAUACAAUGUGCUGGGAAGACACCAAGCAAUGAGUUCGUCUCCGACCAUCCCUUCACUUUCUUCAUGAUGGAGUUGAGGGUGCUUGUGUUUGCCAGCAGGAUCGAGAUUUUAGAAACUUCAGGCAUUGGCUAUCUGCUUCUUUUACUUUUGCAUCUAGCUGUCUCGAUGUUUUCAGAACAAUCAAGCAAAACCAGAAUGCAAAUAUUUCAGUUCCA